AUGUCGUCAUUAUCCGCGACGGAGCAAGCGAAACGGGCGAGAGUGGCCAGUCGUCAGCUCCAAUCGCUCGCGACUGCGCAACGCGAUCGACUUCUCGAGAACAUCGCGAAUGCGUUGGAGAAGCACGAAGGGAAAAUCAUGCAAGCGAACGAGGAGGACAUUCUUGCCGCGACGAACGCACCGGAUAUCGACCAGAACUUAAUCGCGCGGUUGAAACUCUCCGGUCAAAAGAUUAAGAAUUUAUCGGACGGUUUGCGAGCGUUGAGCGCUAUGGAGGAACCGAUCGGGAAGCUCGUCGAGCAGACGGAAAUUGCGAACGGUUUAGAGUUGAGCAAAGUGACGAGUCCGUUGGGGGUUUUGUUGAUUAUUUUCGAGAGCAGACCGGACGCGUUGGUACAGAUAUGCGGUUUGUGCGUUCGAACCGGGAACGGGUUGCUCUUAAAAGGAGGGAAAGAAGCGUCGAAUUCGAAUAAAUGUUUACACGAAAUCAUCGUGAAAGAAUUCGACGCGUUCAACGUCGAUCGGGCGUGCGUGAGUUUAAUCACCGGCAGAGAGGAGAUCAAAGAGUUGCUCGGGUUACACGACGUGAUUGAUUUGUGUAUUCCGAGAGGUGGUAAUGCGCUCGUGACGUAUAUUCAGAAUAACACGAAGAUUCCGGUUUUGGGACACGCGGACGGGGUGUGCCACGUGUAUUGCGAUAAGGAUUUGGACGCGGAGAAAGCUUGCGAAAUUAUCGUCGAUUCAAAGACGGAUUAUUGCGCGGCGUGUAAUGCGAUGGAGACGUUGUUGAUUCACGAGGAUUUAGUUAAAGUAAACGUGCACGAAACGUUAUUGGGGGCGUUGAAAAAUGCAGGGGUUGAGUUGUUCGGCGGCGAUCGCGCGAGUAAAGAGUUGAGUUUGCCUUUGUGCGAAAAGAAACGGUUGGAAUACGGACGGUUCGCGUGCACGGUGGAAAUUGUCAAGAGCAUGGACGAAGCGAUCGAUUACAUCCACGCAAACGGGUCCUCGCACACGGAUUGCAUUUUAACGAUUAACCCGUUGACGGCUGAGCAAUUUUUACAAAGAGUCGACUCGGCGUGUGUGUUUGCAAACUGCUCGACGCGAUUUAGUGACGGUUUUAGGUUUGGAUACGGUGCAGAAGUUGGCGUGUCUACGUCUAGAAUCCACGCUCGAGGUCCAGUCGGCGUCGACGGUUUAUUAACCACUCGAUGUCUCAUGCGAGGACACAACCAGUCGGUGAAAAAAGACACCGGGGUGGAAUACACGCACAAGAAAAUUAAAACGACCGGAUUAGGUAAAGGCAACGAAAAGCACGAAAAAGCGUUGCAAGGAUUAAAGUUCGCCACCACUGUCAUCACAAACGUUCUGAUGAUCUUGACUGCGAUUAAUAAAACCAAGAAACCAAAAGUAGACGACGAGAAAAAGAACAACAAAACCAAUUCUGCCUCGGGGAGAAAGAGAUGA